AGAUCCAGUCCAUCAUAAACAUCGCAAUACAAACAGUUUCAAGGUCAUCCUUAAAGGAAGGAAAAGGAAGUUGUGGGAGAGUAUCAUGGACACUAUUGGUCCACAUGUACUCAUAGUUGAUGACACCUUUGUUGAUCGCCUUGUGGCAUCUCGAGUUUUGAAGACUUGUAACAUUCAAGUGACAAUGGUGGAGGGCCCAAAGCAAGCCUUAGAUUUUCUAGAUGUGGAGAAUGAUGUAAAUUUGAUUCUGACCGAUUAUUGUAUGCCUGGUAUGACUGGAUAUGAUCUCCUAAUGGAGGUGAAGGAAUCACCAAAGCUAAAGCACAUCCCAGUGGUGGUCAUGUCUAGUGACCACAUCCCUCAAAGAAUGCAAAAGUGCAUGGAUGCAGGGGCAAAGGAAUACAUCAUAAAGCCUAUCAAAGCUAUUGAUGUGCCUCGUAUCUUGAGCUAUAUUUGAUAAGAUGAUGUGGGAAGAGAAUAUAGAACAAGACAACUCACUAUAGGGUUCUAUUUUCAAUUGUCAAGGAAUUAUUCUAAGAAGACCUUGCAUGGUCUUGUUUUAUGUCAUUAAUUCUAUGUAAUUUGCUUCAACUUCAAUUAUAUUAUUUUUGUUAUGUCCAAAUAAUUUAUUUAUCUUAGAUCCA